GACAAAUUCAGUUCUCUCUGUCUCUGUGUCUCUCUGUAACUGUAAACAAAGACCAGCUGUUAAGAGCUGCGCAUGUCCCAAAAACAAUAUAAAAUCCAUUCGUUGGCAAAAUGCGUCUAAAGAAGCUCGGAAUGUCUCGUCAUGAGAAGACAAAGUCCACAGGCGGUAGCAUACUGGAGAGCCUGUUCGGACGACCAUCCAAAUCGAAAGGAAAUAGCUUCAACAGCGGCACUCUGACUCACGGCGGACGGCCCACCUCUCUGGACAAUGAGGGCGGCGUGCUGGGUGGCGUCGAAGAUGUGGAGCUGUACAUUCAGGAGCUGAGCGAGGCUCAGGUGGAUGCGCAAUUUUUGGAAAUCAUCGAGGAUAUGAAUAUACCCAAGGACAAACGGGAACCGCUGCUGGCCAAGUCCAAGGAGGAGCGUCAAAAGAUGAUACUCUGGCACCUAAAAGGCAAAAACUCACUGGAGCGGAAUACGCGCUCCCGCUUCGAGAAGCCCAUCGACUACGUGGAAUAUCUGCAGAAUGGCGAGCACAGCGAGCAUAAGGUUUACCAGUGCGUGGAAUCGUUGCGCGUGGCCCUCACCAGCAAUCCCAUCUCGUGGAUCAAGGAGUUUGGGGAGGCGGGCAUCGGCCAGAUUGAACAGCUGCUGUCGCGGGCCAAGAAGGAUCGCACCUACGAUCGCAUCGAAUUCGAGGCGAUACGAUGCCUCAAGGCGAUCAUGAACAACACGUGGGGACUCAAUGUGGUGCUCGUGCCGGAUCAGCACAGUGUGGUGCUGCUGUUGGCCCAAUCUCUGGAUCCGCGGAAGCCGCAGACCAUGUGCGAGGCCCUCAAGCUACUGGCCUCCUUUUGCAUUGUCUACGAGCGCAAUGGGUACGAGAAGGUGCUCAGAGCCAUCACCACGAUAGCGGCCACAUCGUACAAGUCCAGCGAACGCUUUCGACCGAUUGUGGAUGCUCUAUUUGCAUCGGACAAACAGGAUCCCAAGCGAGAGCUGGCCUGCCACAGUCUCAUCUUUAUCAAUACGCUGACAAACACGCCCACGGAUCUAAACUUUCGGCUGCAUCUGAGGUGCGAGAUUAUGCGUAUGGGGCUGUACGAUCGUCUCGAUGAGUUCAAGAAAAUCGUGGAGACCAGCAACAAUGAGGCGCUGCAGCAGCACUUUAAGAUCUUCAACGAGAUACGCGAGGAUGACUUUGAGGAGUUUGUGCAACGCUUCGACAAUGUCACCUUCAACAUGGACGAUGCCCAGGACUGUUUCGAUGUGCUAAAGAACCUCAUCACGGACACCAAUUCGGAGCCGUACUUCCUGUCCAUACUGCAGCACUUGCUGUAUAUACGCGACGACUUUUACUUCCGGCCCGCCUACUAUCAACUGAUUGAGGAGUGCAUCUCGCAGAUUGUCUUCCACAAGGGCUACUGUGAUCCGAACUUUGCCAAUCGCGACUUUAACAUUGACACCUCGCUGCUGCUGGACGAUAUUGUGGAGAAGGCCAAGGCCAAGGAGUCGAAACGCUCCGAGGAGUACGAGAAGAAGAUCGAGGAGCUGGAGAGCGCCAAGCAGGAGGCGGAGGCCAAGGCCGCUCAUCUCGAGGAGAAGGUGAAACUGAUGGAGGCCAAUGGUGUGGCCGCUCCAUCGCCCAAUAAGCUGCCGAAGGUUAAUAUACCCAUGGCACCGCCACCACCGGGCGGAGGAGCCGCACCACCACCGCCGCCGCCGCCUAUGCCGGGUCAAGCGGGUGGCCCGCCGCCACCACCGCCAAUGCCAGGCAUGGGAGGACCCAGACCGCCGCCACCUCCGCCCAUGCCCGGCAUGGGUGGUGGUCCACCACCACCGCCAAUGAUGCCUGGCAUGAUGCGACCCGGAGGACCGCCGCCGCCACCCAUGAUGAUGGGACCCAUGGUGCCAGUCCUGCCGCAUGGCAUGAAGCCCAAGAAAAAGUGGGAUGUGAAGAAUCCCAUGAAGCGGGCCAACUGGAAGGCCAUUGUGCCGGCCAAGAUGUCCGCCAAGGCGUUCUGGGUCGAGUGUCAGGAGGAUAAGCUAGCCCAAGAUGAUUUCCUCGCGGAACUGGCCAUGAAAUUCUCCUCAAAGCCCGUGAAAAAAGAGCAAAAGGAUGCGGUGGACAAGCCAACAACACUGACCAAAAAGACAGUCGAUCUGCGCGUGCUCGACUCCAAGUCUGCCCAGAAUUUAUCCAUCCUAUUGGGUGGCUCCCUCAAGCAUUUGUCAUAUGAGCAGAUCAAAAUCUGUCUGCUGCGCUGCGAUACGGCCAUACUCUCGUCCAAUAUAUUACAGCAAUUGAUUCAGUAUCUGCCGCCGCCCGAGCAGCUCAAGCGUUUGCAGGAGAUCAAGACAAAGGGAGAACCACUGCCGGCCAUUGAACAGUUUGCAGCAACUAUAGGUGAAAUCAAACGCCUGUCGCCGCGCCUGCACAACCUCAUUAAGCUGACCUACGCGGACAUGGUGACGGAUAUCAAACCCGAUAUUGUGGCCGGUACAGCAGCCUGCGAGGAGGUGCGCAACAGCAAAAAGUUCUCCAAAAUACUGGAGCUGAUUCUCCUGCUGGGCAACUACAUGAACUCGGGCUCAAAGAACGAAGCUGCCUUUGGCUUUGAGAUCAGCUACCUGACCAAACUAACCAACACCAAGGAUGCGGAUAACAAGCAGACGCUGCUCCAUUAUUUGGCCGAUCUUGUGGAGAAGAAAUUCCCCGAUGCCCUCAACUUUUACAAUGAUCUGUCGCAUGUGGACAGGGCGUCGCGUGUGAAUAUGGAUGCCAUACAGAAGGCAAUGAGGCAAAUGAAUUCGGCGGUCAAGAAUCUGGAAACGGAUUUGCAGAACAACAAGGUGCCGCAAUGCGACGAUGACAAGUUCAGUGAGGUGAUGGGCAAAUUUGCCGAGGAAUGCAGACAGCAAGUCGAUGUUUUGGGCAAAAUGCAACUGCAAAUGGAAAAGCUGUACAAAGACCUGAGCGAGUACUAUGCCUUUGAUCCCAGCAAAUACAACAUGGAGGAAUUCUUUGCCGAUAUCAAGACCUUCAAGGAUGCCUUCAAGUCGGCCCACAACGAUAAUGUGCGCGCACGCGAGGAGCUGGAGAAGAAGCAGCGCAUGCAGGAGGCUCGCGAACAGUCGGCGCGCGAACAAAUGGCGCGACAACAGCAGAAGCGUGCCCUGGUCGAUAUGGAUGCGGCCCAGGCGCAGGAGGGCGUCAUGGAUAGCCUGCUGGAGGCGUUGCAAACGGGAUCGGCCUUUGGCCAGCGGAAUAGACAGGCGCGCAGACAACGACCCGCGGGGGCCGAGCGGCGGGCACAACUCAGUCGCAGUCGAUCCCGGACGCGUGUGAAUAAUGGCCAGCUAAUGACCCGCGAGAUGAUAUUGAAUGAGGUGCUCGGCUCGGCGUAGUUUGGACACAGACACACAAGCAAUUCCCCCCUCCACCUACUCCUCCUCUGUACAUAUAUAAAUAGACAUCUGUAGCGAUCUAAGGGCGUAGGACAUUAGCUAUGUACAUGAUACAUCCGUAUCCGGGUAUCUGCAUCUGUGCAGCCUUGUGUACAUAUCAAUUCGAUUGGCAUGUGUACGGGGGAUUUUUAGCUAAUGCUAAGAAAUCUAUCUUAACAAAGCCGCAAAGUACUAAAUGAACUGGGCGUUAGUUCUCGUUGGUGAUUCGAUUCAAAUUAUGUGAUUGAUGCAUUGCUGAAAAACUUUCAAGUCACAAAAUGGAAACAUUUGUUCUACAUUAAACUAAGGUCUUAUGCAAGGAUUAUACUUUAUACUAUUGCCUGUUAUAUUUAGAGAUUUGCAACUGAAAUGAAAAGAAGUAUUCCAGAAGAAUCUUAAAUUGUUGUUUGAUAUGUGAUCGAAAAGGACUUUUUGCUUUGUAAUUUCUAAAACGAAUCUAAAACCUUUUUAAGACUGUCUUUUCACUACUUUUGGAACAAGCCUAAUGCUAUGUUUUAAAUUGUGUCUAUAACGUAAAUGUAGUCUCUUUUUAUUCACACCUUAUUAUGAUAUGUAAAUAAUAUUGAAUUAAAUAACUUAAGUCCAUGUUCUCCAUUUAAUCUUUAAAACGUUGAACGCAUUUUCGUAGCACAUUGUGUGUAUUAAACUCUUUUGGCUUCCAUAUUUGUCAAUCUAGAAGGAACUUUAGUUUUUAUAGUUUUUCUUUUUUAUCGUAUUUUUUAUCAGUUUUAAAUUAGUUUUUUUUUU